AUGAAUAUGAAUAUACCGGGUUUCAAUAAUCUUCCCCACACGGCUGCGCCGGCGACGACGAUGCCGGUUUCCGUACGGAGCAAUACGAUGUCGUUUUAUGAGGAUCCAUCGAAGAAGAUUAGGAAGCCUUACACGAUCACCAAGUCCAGAGAGAACUGGACGGAGCAGGAACACGACAAGUUUCUUGAAGCUCUCCAUUUAUUUGACCGGGAUUGGAAGAAAAUCGAGGCGUUUGUUGGAUCAAAAACAGUGAUACAGAUACGAAGCCACGCACAGAAAUACUUUCUCAAGGUUCAGAAGAAUGGGACUAAGGAACAUCUCCCUCCUCCUCGACCAAAGAGGAAAGCAAAUCAUCCUUAUCCUCAAAAGGCUUCUAAAACUGCUGCUCUUACAUCUCCAAACGCAUUGGUUGAACACGAGUACCUGUACAGCACGGAUUCACAACCGAUGAUUAAUACUCCAAAUCAUGGGUUAAUGCUCCACAAUGUUAUUACACCAAAUCCAGUAAUCAAAGAGGAAUUGGGCGUCGGAGAGAACUGUUGCAGCACUAGUAGCAGUAGAGAUAAGCAGAGGACUCGAACCGUUACAGAGACAACUGAGCAGGGAAGUUGCGAGAAGCCACACAGAGUGAUGCCGGAUUUCGCUGAAGUUUAUAGCUUUAUAGGAAGUGUGUUUGAUCCAGAAACAACAGGUCAUGUCCAGAGAUUAAAGCAAAUGGAUCCAAUAAAUCUAGAAACGGUCCUCUUACUGAUGAAAAACUUGUCUAUGAACCUGACAAGUCCCGAGUUUGAAGAACAACGCAAGUUAAUAUCAUCAUCAUACAAUGACAAAUGA